AGGCCUGAGCUGUGUCUGCUGUGGGCCAACAGCUCAGUUCUGUGCUGAAUGUGACCGGCGGAGGCAAAGGGUGCUGUCGGAGUGCGUGCGCUCCGCUCGACCGCCGCCUUGCUGUGCUUCGCACCCGGGACGCCGCUGGGGAACGGAUAGUGGAACGCGGUAAAGCGGGGGCCAUGACGAAGGCCGUGGUGCUGCUCCUGUGCCUCUGGGGGUGGCUGGACCCAGCGGGGGCGCAGUUCCCCAGGGCCUGCUGCACCGUGGAGGGCAUCUUGUCAAAGCGGUGUUGCCCCCCCCUCGGGCCGAACCCGGACAACAUCUGCGGCGUUCUGUCGGGCAGGGGCAACUGCAGCGACGUGCGAGUGGACCGAAAGCCCUGGGGAGGGCCGUACACGCUCAGGAAUGUCGAUGACCGCGAAAGAUGGCCCAUGAAAUUUUUUAACCGGACCUGCAGGUGUUUCGGAAACUUUGCCGGGUACAACUGUGGCGAGUGUAAGUUCGGCUGGACGGGCCCCACGUGCGAACAGCCCAAGGCCCCGGUGGUGCGCAAGGACAUCCAUUCGCUGAGCGCCGACGAGCUGAGGCGCUUCCUGGGCACCCUGGACCUCGCCAAGAGGACCACGCACCCCGACUUCAUGAUCGCCACCCAGCACUGGCUCGGCCUCCUGGGUCCCAACGGCACCCAGCCGCAGUUCGCCAACAUCUCCAUCUACGACUUCUUUGUGUGGCAGCACUACUACUCCGUGAGGGACACACUCCUAGGUCCGGGACGUCCGUUUAAAGCCAUCGACUUUUCCCACAAAGGGCCGGCGUUCAUCACCUGGCACAGAUAUCACCUCCUGCUCCUGGAAAGAGACCUGCAGAAACUGACGGGUGAUGAGAAUUUUGCCGUGCCAUACUGGAACUUCGCGACGGGGCGGAACGAGUGUGAUGUGUGCACCAAUUCCCUCCUGGGGGGCCCUAACCCUGAAGAUCCCACCCUCAUCAGUCCACAGUCUCUUUUCUCCACGUGGGGAGUGGUGUGUGACAGCCUGGAGGACUACAACCGCCUGGUGACCCUCUGUAAUGGAACCAAGGAGGGCUUCCUGAGAAGGGGUGUGUCACAGGGUUUCAACACGAGCCUGCCCACCAUGGACGAUGUGCGCCACUGCCUUGGCCUGAAGGACUUUGACAGCCCCCCAUACUUCACCAAUUCCACGUCCAGCUUCAGAAAUGCUCUGGAAGGCUUUGAUAAACCCAAUGGCGAGUCAGACCCCUCGAUGACCAACCUCCACAACCUGGUCCAUCGGUUCCUCAAUGGGACCAGCGCUUUGUCUCACUCUGCGGCCAACGACCCGAUCUUCCUGGUUCUGCACUCCUUCACGGAUGCCGUAUUCGAUGAGUGGAUGAAGCGCUUUGUUCCGCCCAACUCGAGCUUUCCGGAUGAGAUGGCUCCGAUCGGCCACAAUAAGGAGUACAACAUGGUGCCUUUCUUUCCGCCUGUGACCAACGAGGAGGUCUACAUCACGUCAGACCAACUGGGAUACUCCUAUGCCAUCGACCUGGAAGGUGACGGCAGCAGUGGCACGGCCGUGUUGGUGGGCUCCUCCAUCGGGGGAGCCUUCCUGGGCCUCCUGGUUCUGCUGCUGCUGCUGGUGCUGUACCUGCGUCAGAGGAGGACCCAGGACAGCGAGCCGCUCAUAAAGGCAGAGUUCACCACCACCAAGUACACAGAGGAAGCCUAGAAUGUGUAGAACCGAUACUCACUGCAGAUACAUGCGCGCACCACGGUAAACGACCACAAUGAAUGACAAAUGAGGAAUCAAAGUACUGUAAGGAGUCAAGACAAAUGUAGAUGAAUUGGAAUGUAUU